AUGGAAAACGCUUCAUCUGAGACCACUGAAAAGCGUGCGACCAUCGACAACCCAGCUGACAUUGUCGUCAUAGUGGGCUACUUUGUGCUUGUGAUCGCUGUGGGAAUAUGGUCGAUGUGCAGGACAAACCGCGGCACAGUAGGUGGCUACUUCUUGGCAGGACGAACUAUGGUUUGGUGGCCGGUAGGUGCCUCUCUAUUUGCGAGCAACAUUGGCAGUGGUCAUUUUGUUGGCCUGGCUGGGACAGGGGCUGCCAGUGGAAUAGCUGUUGGAGGUUUUGAAUGGAAUGCUUUGUUCAUUGUCUUGCUGUUGGGAUGGCUCUUUGUUCCAGUCUAUUUAACAGCAGGGGUUAUCACUAUGCCGCAGUACCUGAAAAAAAGAUUUGGUGGGACCAGGAUUAGUUUAUAUCUGUCUGUCAUCUCUCUGUUCUUGUAUAUCUUCACAAAAAUUUCUGUUGAUAUGUUCUCUGGAGCAGUGUUCAUUCAGCAGGCCCUUGGUUGGAACAUUUACAUUGCUGUAAUUGCCCUGCUCUCUAUAACAGCGCUAUACACUGUCACAGGGGGCCUGGCAGCUCUCAUGUACACAGAUACAGUCCAGACUUUUGUCAUCAUAGCUGGAGCCAUUUUCCUCACGGUUUUCUCUUUUAUAGAAGUAGGGGGUUACAACGCCCUGCUGGAGAAGUAUAACUUGGCCUUGCCCUCACUUUCUAUGAGGACGACCCUUGACCCUCAGCGUUACAACAUCUCUCCAGAGUGCUACACACCUCGUCAAGAUGCCUUUCAGCUACUCAGGGACCCUCUGACCGGGGACCUACCCUGGCCUGGCGUGCUCUUCGGCAUUGCCAUUUUAGGUGGCUGGUACUGGUGCACUGACCAGGUGAUAGUGCAGCGCUGUUUGGCUGCUCGUAGUCUGACCCACGUGAAGGCUGGAUGUAUCAUGUGUGGAUACCUCAAGCUGCUCCCCAUGUUUCUCAUGGUGUUCCCGGGCAUGAUCAGUCGAGUUCUUUAUCCUGAUGAGGUGGGUUGUGUGGUGCCAGAGAUCUGUAAGGAAGUGUGUGGCACUGAAGUUGGCUGCUCUAAUAUUGCUUACCCCAAGUUGGUGGUUUCUUUAAUGCCCAACGGUUUGCGAGGUUUGAUGCUGGCAGUUAUGUUAGCUGCCCUCAUGAGCUCCCUCGCUUCCAUCUUCAACAGCAGCAGUACACUAUUCACCAUGGACAUCUGGACGCGCCUCAGGCCACAGGCUAGAGACAAAGAGCUCAUGAUUGUUGGCAGGGUGUGGGUACUCUGUAUUGUUGCCAUCAGUAUUUGCUGGAUUCCCGUGGUCCAAGCAGCACAGAGUGGUCAGCUGUUUGACUACAUCCAGUCAGUGACCAGUUACUUGGCCCCACCGAUUGCAGCAGUUUUCUUUCUGGCUAUUUUUGUGAAGCGGGUCAAUGAGCCGGGGGCUUUUUGGGGCCUAAUAGGGGGCCUGAUGAUGGGCUUGUCUCGUAUGGCAGCAGAGUUUGUGUUUGGCACAGGGAGCUGCCUCUUCCCCACUGACUGCCCUGGGAUAGUGUGUGGCGUUCACUACCUCUACUUUGCGAUAAUCCUCUUCCUCUGCACGGGUAUCCUUGUUUUAGUCAUCAGUUACUGUACGCCGUCCAUAGACGACAAACAUCUUUACCGCCUUGUCUUCAGUCUACGUCACUCUAAAGAAGAAAGAGUUGACUUAGACCGGGAGGAAGAGGAACGUAGUAGAAAGGCCCGUAGGCAUGCAGAGGAGAAGACCAGGUCCAAAUCUCAUGAGAGCGCAAUUGAAGAAGAUGAGCAUCAGUCCUGCGCAAGCCGUCUGAUUGGCUGGUUUUGUGGCCUUAGUGGAUCUCAGACUCCAGAGCCCACCGAGCAGGAGGUUGCAGAGGCAUCCAAACAGUUACCUGAUAUAAGUGAGGACCCUCUCUGGAGACAUGUGGUUAAUGCAAAUGCCCUGAUAAUGAUGUCUGUUGCUAUUUAUCUGUGGGGUUACUAUGCAUGA